AUGUACUACUGUGGGUAUGCACGGUUAGACUAUCCUCUGUGGGAGCUUCUUGGUAACGGCCCCUUCUCCUCACCCCCAGCAAAGGAUUACGAGAACGCAGUGAAUUAUUACACCCAGGCCAUCGAACUGAACCCCACUAACGCUAUCUAUUAUGGCAACCGGAGUCUGGCCUACUUGCGGACGGAAUGCUACGGCUACGCUUUGGCCGAUGCCACCAAGUCCAUCGAGUUGGACAAGAAGUACAUCAAAGGCUAUUACCGGCGGGCCACCAGCAACAUGGCCCUGGGGAAAUUCAAGGCUGCCUUGCGAGACUACGAGACAGUUGUCAAGGUGAAACCCAAUGACAAGGAUGCCAAGAUGAAAUAUCAAGAGUGCAACAAGAUCGUGAAGCAGAAGGCGUUUGAGCGUGCCAUCGCCAGCGAGGAACACAAGCGGUCUGUGGUUGACUCCUUGGACAUAGAAAGCAUGACCAUUGAAGAUGAAUAUAGCGGCCCAAAGCUGGAGGAUGGGAAGGUGACGCUUGCGUUCAUGAAGGAAUUGAUGCAGUGGUACAAGGAUCAGAAGAAGCUGCAUAGGAAAUGUGCCUAUCAGAUAUUGGUGCAAAUGAAAGAGGUGCUAUCAAAACUCCCCACCCUAGUAGAAACUACAUUAAAGGAGACGGAGAAAGUAACUGUCUGUGGAGACACGCAUGGCCAGUACUACGAUCUCCUGAACAUUUUCGAGCUGAAUGGGCUGCCGUCGGAGUCGAAUCCAUAUAUAUUUAAUGGAGACUUUGUCGACCGCGGCUCCUUCUCUGUGGAAGUGAUAUUAACACUUUUUGGAUUUAAGCUGCUGUGCCCAGACCAUUUCCACCUGCUGCGCGGGAACCAUGAAACGGACAACAUGAACCAGAUCUAUGGGUUCGAGGGGGAGGUCAAGGCCAAAUACACAGCCCAGAUGUUCGAACUCUUCAGUGAAGUCUUUGAAUGGCUACCUCUGGCUCAGUGUAUCAACGGCAAAGUAUUGAUAAUGCACGGCGGGCUGUUCAGCGAAGACGGGGUAACGCUAGACGAUAUCAGGAAGAUCGAAAGGAAUCGACAGCCGCCAGAUUCAGGUCCCAUGUGUGACUUGCUCUGGUCUGAUCCUCAGCCACAGAACGGUCGAUCGGUCAGCAAGCGUGGUGUGAGCUGUCAGUUUGGGCCGGACGUCACCAAGAGUUUCCUGGAGCGCAACAAAUUAGACUACAUCAUCCGCAGCCACGAGGUCAAGCCGGAGGGAUAUGAGGUGGCCCACGAUGGCAAGUGCGUCACCGUCUUCUCGGCCCCCAACUACUGUGAUCAGAUGGGCAAUAAAGGUUCCUACAUCCACUUGAAAGGCUCAGACCUGCGGCCAGAAUUCCACCAGUUCACAGCAGUGCCUCAUCCAAAUGUCAAGCCAAUGAUGUAUGCCAAUUCGCUGCUCCAGCUGGGGAUGAUGUGAGCUGCCCUUCAUCCCUUCUUCAGGACAGACCGCCCCCGACCGGGACUCCCUUCGCCUCUUCCUGCCUGGAGCCUGGCCCGCGAGGCAAACAACCGUUCAGUUCCGUUUGGGGUUUUGUUUUUUUUUAAAUGAUUUCUUCCAACAUCAGCAACCUUCACUGUAGAACGCAGGGGUUGUUUUUGGCAGGGGAGGGGUGGGGGCGGACGAGCCUGAGCAUCUCGUAGAGGGGAGGGUUUGCUAAGGAUCCUACGCAUAACGCAUCCCUUGUUCCCGCUGCGGCGUGGCUGCCAGACCCACUGCCAGCUCUGCACGACACAUCGCACAGAUGAGACAAAGGCAGUCAGAGUGUUAGAAAUGACUGAUUUUUUUAAUAUAUUGGAAGAUUGUAUUUAUUCCCUUCCUCCUCAGAUCCCCCACCUCCUCCUUCCCCCCCCCCCCCCAUCUCCUUGGAGCUGGGUUUGACUCUCUUGCCCUGGUUUGCAGCCUAGGGGGCAGUGUCAGCUGGCACAAUGCCCCUUCCACCACCACCCCACUCCCAUUGGGGAGAUGUUGUUUUGUGGGAAUGGCACCCGAGUGCCACGUGCCUGCAUCCCAAAUGCUGCACGUCCUUUCAUCCUGGCAAAUAAAGCAUCUCAGCGGCUCGUUGCUUGCAGAGACUGAAGGGGGCGGGGGACGGCAGGCUCUGGUGGGAAGAGAACGUCAACCAAAGCCCAUGCCCCCCCCAACCCACCCCCAAGAAGCUGUGGAGGUCUGUCAGCUUGGUGGGAAGGAAAGACUCUCAAGAGCGAAAAUGCCACCUGCCACCUCUAGUGUUUCCUGCCCCUAGAGUAUAGGACCCUCGCUUGAAAGCUUGGGGUGGGUCAGGGGAACAGGGGGAGACGCAGCCACACCUGUCCCCUCCCCACUUCUGGGCAGGCGGAGGGGAGGCAGCCUAGUCCUGGGCUCGUUUGGGCUGCUUCCUGACCAACAGCUUUUUUUUUUUUUUGCUCUCACGGGCAUUCGGUCAGCUGGUGGACAGAGCCAGAGGCCUUUUUUUUCCAGUGGUGAGAGUAAGUCAUGCUUGGGGAUCAGCAAAGAGGGGUAGAAUGCAAUCUGGAGGCUGUAAGUGGACCCCUGGAUGUAGGUUCCAGGGGGUGAGCGUGGGUGCUCUGGGAAGGGGGUGAGAGGCCACGUCUCCAUGGGCUGGCCUGGGGAGAGCAGCACUGUGGGGCCACUUCCACUUGCUCUUUGUAGGCAUCUCGGGGGAGUGCGGUUCUGCACUCGGGGGGGAGAGAUCUAAUCUGCUGCUUGACUGCUAGUGCCAAAGGUUCGCCACCACUGGUAGGCCUUCUCUUCAUGAGCCCUUUCGCAGCAGAAAUGAUGGGGGGGGGGGGCGGAAUUCCCAGUUUCCAGGGGCCGUGGAGCCAUUGCAGCUUUUUACGCCCCACCCUCCCACUUGUCCCCUUCACACACACCCCCCAACCUCUGGGACCUCCUGUUCUCCCCUGAAAAGGAGUUCACCUUCCAGCUUCUCCAAACCGAUUCCAUCUCUUUGGCCACAAAAGCAAAACCAGCAGCCUCCACCCACUCACCCGCCCCCCCUGGUAUUUUGGAUCUUGCCCCAUUGCUGACCAUGGAGGGUUUUUAUACAUCCAGGAUUUCCUUUCCCAUCCACCCUCCCACCUACUGAGCUAUUUUACUGUCUGUACUUAAAAAGAUGUUAAAAUAAAGCAACUAUUGAAAGAC